GUACUUGGUGAAAAAUCAGUGGUUAUUUCUUUGCAAUUGCCGUCAUUCAAUAAUAGGAUAUCAUCUUAGUUAAUCCCGUCAAUUCCAUCAGCCUACAUCUGAAUCGUGCUGUUGAUAAACGACUGAACAACGUAACAAACCAUAAUAGCGAAUCGUUAUUCCAUAAGUCAUUCUCGUGGCCAAGGAUAUUUUUAUCAAGUGAACUUUGCUUAGGUACGACGUCAAAAACGCUGGUUUCCAGUAAAUAUCUUGAUCAUUGUUCUUGGAAAUCAUGUCCGUUUAAAACGCAGUUGUCGCAGAUCCUAUUCACUAAGCUCUACUAUAAAAUCAUGGUCAAGCGUGGACAUCCUUUAAAAUGGGUACGAAAAUUUGGCAAAUUAGUCGAAGGUGCCUGAGCACCUCCUUUACUUGGCGAACUCGCGUGGCAGAAACAAGGGGCUCAUUUGGUAUAUUAAAGGAGAAUGACGUUGCCGUGUUCGAACGACUUUUGGGAGCUAGCGGGGUGCUUACUGCUCCUGAUGAUCUCCGCGCGUAUAACGUAGACUGGCUCAACACAUGCCAAGGCUCCUCGCGUGUAGCGUUAUUUCCUCGAAACGCGACUGAAGUUUCUGAGGUCCUUCGCUAUUGCAACGAGCGCCACCUCGCUGUUGUACCACAGGGUGGCAAUACAGGCCUAGCAGGAGGCAGUGUACCGGUCUUUGAUGAAAUUGUGCUCUCCACUCGUCGAAUGGACAAUUUUCAUGAGGUUGAUGAUCUGACUGGCGUUGCGGUUGUGGACGCUGGCAUGGUGUUGGAGUCACUCAACGAGCAGGUAGCCCCAUACGGUUUAAUUGCUCCACUCGAUUUGGCUGCUAAAGGCUCAUGCCAUAUUGGCGGUAACAUAUCGACCAAUGCCGGAGGAGUGCGGUUAAUUAAGUAUGGCUCACUGCAUGGAUCAGUCCUUGGCCUAGAGGCUGUCCUACCUGAUGGGACAGUGUUGAACGGCCUAAGUAAAAUGCGCAAAGACAACACCGGCAUCGAUAUGAAACAGCUGUUUAUAGGGUCGGAGGGUAUUCUCGGUAUAGUGACAAGGAUUGCAUGGUUACUACCACAGCAAGCGGCGUUCAACAGUGUUGCCAUUUUAGGAUGCGACAACUUUGAGCGUGUUCUUGACGUCUACAAGAUGUCAAAGAGCAGGCUAGCUGAAUUUCUUUCUGCACUCGAAAUGUUUGACCACUCUUGUAUGCAAUGUGUCCAAGAGAACAGUGGACUUACCAAUCCCUUGAGUAAACCUCAUCCGUUUUAUGUGCUGAUUGAAGUACAGGGAAAUGACGGCGACAUGGUUGAGAAUUCCUUGAACUGCUUUAUCGAACAUAUUAUAGACAAAGGUGUUGUCACCGAUGGGGUUGCCGCUAGCGACGGGCGAAGUGUGGCUGAACUUUGGCAACGGAGGGAACGGAUUUCAGAAUCGAUUAAAAAAGAUGGCUAUGUUUUCAAAUAUGACAUGUCAGUGCCUCUGAGAAAUUAUCUCGACCUCGGAAAAAAACUUGAGUCUCGCGUAGAAGGACUAGCUAAGAGAAUCUGUGUGUUCGGCCACAUGGGGGACGGUAAUGUCCAUUUGAAUAUAACAGCUAAUGCAUAUAGUGAUCAGUUGUUGGAACGAAUCGAGCCGUUUGUUUAUGAGGAAACUGUAAGGAUGGGAGGAAGCAUUAGCGCUGAACAUGGUAUCGGGGUGCUGAAAAAGAAAUAUUUGCCACUGCAGAAAAGCGCUAAUUGGUUAAACUUCAUGAAAAACAUUAAGAAAACCUUAGAUCCGAACAGAAUUUUAAACCCCUAUAAGGUAGUCUAACCUAGCCUUGUUCACUUAUGGUACAAUGAUGUAAACGCUAUCGAGUAUAUAGCAACCCUACACAGUCGCUAUCUUGUCUUGAUGAGCAAACGUGAUCUACUUGAUUAGAAAAUAUGCUGAAUAGACAUUACACAACUUUAGGGACCGCUUGAAAUGUUCGACGGAUUACUGCCGACAAUAAAUGGUAGUAUGACCUUUGCAGUAUAUAAGUAUUUUUGCAUAUUACUCACCGUUAUUGCAAUGCAGUGCAAGCUCUUUUUCAUUGCAUCUAGUUAGAGUGCAACAAUAACACCCUUAGACUACCAGAAAAUACUGCUUUCCGCCGGCUAGUUUUAUCAUUAGUGAUCUGUCUUUUGUUGAAGAUGUUUCACUAAUUAUCACUGCUUAUUAGAAACCUAAUAUUUUAGCUUUCGUAGAUAUAAAAUUUGAUUAUUCGAUCAUAUACACAAGAUGUGGUCGAUAAAGCCGUAUUUCAGGCUCGAUAAAAAUACUCAUUCAAUUUUGCAAGCCGGGUUUGUUUCAGGAUGGACAACCAAACAAUGUGACAGUAAUGUGCAUAUAUUUUAUUUGUUGUUUAUCUCCAACACGAAUUCAUGGGAAAUUCAUGUUUGAUACGACACAAUAAAAUAGUACUUCUUUCAUAUACAAUUUUUAAUUAUAAACGGAGAAACCUAUUUCGAAAACCGCUCAUCACUUCUUGUAUGUUAGCUUUAGCCUUGAGGUCUCAAGUGACAACAAUUUCAUAUCGUUCUGUCAAGGAUUUGCGUAUCAUUUCGAAAGAAAGUCACCGGUAUACCUUAGCAUAAGUGUUGCCAUACAUCGCCAUCGUAUAGAACUAAAAAAAUCACAGGUUUCAGUCAUCUUUACUUUUCCUCAUCGUGGAGGUGUUCACCGUAAACAUUAACUGUUUGUGAAGAUUAGAUUCGUGAGUAACACAAGGUCAGGUUUCAUGGAGACAAAUAUUUACAGCAGGGCUGCGAUUAGUAUCGAUAGUAAAAUAACAUUACCACAACGUUUUCGUCUCCUACUAUCCUUUGUCACUUUGUCGUUAUCCAUAACGUAACUAAUAUUAAAAAAAAAUCCUAUAUACGCGACAGACUGUUUCUAUUUUAUCGCGGCUGGCUAGUAUUAGGCCGGUGUUGUAGGCAGCAUUUAACGCGUCCGCUUAUCUGCGUAUCGUUGUUUGUUUUAAUAACGGUGACCUGACGCUAACGUAGGCGCGAUUCGUUAUUGUUGUUGUUUUGCUUAGAAAGAAGAAUAAAUUAGCCUUUCUUUUUUUUCAAAAUUUACGCGGCGCGAUGAAAUCAACACGAAUAUUAGAGUACAUGUGCGCAGGGUCCCGUAAGUCUUUUAUAGGAACACAAUGAGAACAGUGUUCUACUAAUUACGUACGUAAAAAAGAACUGAGCGGUAAAGAAUCAGAGUUGCUUGACGCGUUUAUACGAGUUAAAUGCUUAGGACAUACUUUUUUAAAGAUAUUUCUAGAGUUAGAUUUAGACGGUUUUUCUUUAUAAA